AUGCGUUGAAUCGAUUCAUACAAGGCAAGAUGAGAGACACGAGAUCAAUAUUAUCUGCGAAAUUAAACAUAAAGCCCAGUCAGAUUAAAAAGUUACAUGAUGCCGGCUACAAAUUUCUAGAAGACUUAAAAGAAGCAUCUCCACUUACUUUGAGCAAAGGGGUAUCAGUACAAGAAGCCCUCAGUAUAAUUCGACAAAUUAAAAAUGAUAAACUACCAUCCGCAAGCCUUACUUCAAUUGUCAGACGGGAGACAUAUACUAUACCUACUUUUUGCGAUGGUAUUGAUAAACUGCUCGGAGGGAAAGGUGUUGCAUUAGGAAAAAUAAUAGAAUUCUGUGGAAUUCCCGGAAUUGGCAAAACACAGAUGGGAAUUCAACUUUCUAUUAAUGUUCAAAUACCUCGAAGUUUAUCUGGACCCGAGGGUGAAGCUGUAUAUAUUGAUACAGAAGGUAGUUUCAUAAUUCAACGAGUUGCUGAAAUAGCAAAUGGUACCACCACGAGACUUAACGAGACGGUCGAAGGAUCACCAUUUAAUCUCGAAACUAUUCUCUCAAGAAUUUAUUACUUUAGAAUUCAUGACUAUAUACAAUUAAACGCACUUAUUAAAAAUAUGGAUGAAUUUUUAAACGAACAUCAGGCGGUUAAACUUAUUGUUAUUGAUUCAAUUGCAUUCCAUUUUCGCACGGAAUUGGAGUUAUCAGUUCGGACACGAGUGCUUCAAAUGGUAGCACAAAAGCUGGAAGAUAUUGCUGAAUCAUUUGAAAUUGCAAUCGUUCUGAUGAAUCAAAUGACCACAAAAUUUGGCGGAAAUAGCGGGCCAGACAAUACGACAUUAGCACCAGCAUUAGGUGAUGUCUUAAGUGAGGCGUGUUCGGAUCGCGUAUUACUUUUUUGCCGUGAAGAAGAAAGGUUUGCACAUUUAUUUAAGUCAGCAACGAAGCCUGAGUUGCAAGCCACAUCUGUGCAAUAUCAAAUUAUUAAAGAUGGAAUUCGAGAUUGUCCUUUACCAACUCGGAAACGUCGUUUAGAUGAAGAGUGA